CAGAGUAUUAAAACUAAGAUUUGCUUUACUAACAACGCCAUGAUUGCCAUAUUGCUGCUUCUUGGAAUAUUAUCAUUCACUCAAAUAGAACUUACAGGUGCUGAGGUAGGAGUGUGUUAUGGAAGAAAUGGAGACAACUUACCAAAAAGUCAGCAACAAGUGAUAGACUUGUACAAAUCAAAUGGAAUCACAAGAAUGCGCAUAUAUGAUCCAGAUCAAGCAACCCUCCAAGCCCUCAAAGGUUCAAACAUAGAAUUAAUCCUUGAUGUUCCAAAAGCCCAACUCCAAUCCCUUACCGACGCCACAACCGCCGCUAAUUGGGUCAACACCAAUAUCAAAGCCUAUUCGCCAGAUGUCAAAUUUAAGUACAUUGCCGUUGGUAACGAAGUCGAACCCAACGACGGUUAUUCCAAUUAUGUUUUACAAGCAAUGCAGAAUAUUCAAAACGCAAUUAAUUCGGCUAAUUUACAAAUUAAAGUCUCAACGGCAAUUAAAACAGAUUUAGUAGCUAGUCCUGCUUAUCCACCAGAUAGCGGCGUUUUCAGUGACGCCGCGAUUAAUUACAUAAGGCCUAUUAUAAAGUUCCUAGUGAGUAACGGAUCACCACUUCUUGCAAAUGUGUACCCUUAUUUUGCCUAUAAAGAUAACCCAAGUAUUGGCUUAGACUAUUCUUUGUUUACUAAACAAGAUAAGAAUGAUGCUGGGUACACUAAUUUGUUUGAUGCCAUAUUGGAUGCUCUUUAUGCCGCUCUUGAGAAAGAAGGCGCCAACAAUGUUAAUGUUGUUGUGUCGGAAAGUGGCUGGCCUUCUGCCGGGAACGUUGGGGCAACGGUUGAGAAUGCUGGAACUUAUUAUAAAAAUUUGAUUAGUCAUGUUAAACGUGGCACUGUUAAGAGGCCCAAUGGGCCCAUUGAGACUUAUCUGUUUGCUAUGUUUGAUGAAGAUCUGAAGAUGGGUGAUGAAAGUGAGAAACAUUUUGGUGUGUUUAAUCCUGAUCGGUCACCUAAGUACCAACUCAGUUUCAAUUGAAAAUGGUCAUCAGCGAUUAGUGAUAUUAUUAUUGUUUUGCAUUUUAUCUUAUUAAGGAAUAAAUUUUAAUUAAGUACAAGAAAAUAUUCAUGUAAUAACUAUUUUUCUUGUUAUAAUCAUUUAUCUGUGUAUUAAUUAAUAAGGGUGUUAGCUCUGACACUCGUCUUUAGCUGAAUGUA